UAAAGUGAUUCAUUUAAGAGUCCAGGAUGAGCGAGGCUUGUUGCAUUUUUUCACCCAACAAUGAUUCGUACUAACAGCAUUUUAUUGAAUUCACCAACGCAGUCACCAAGACUUUCCCCUACCGCAACCUAUUCCAUCUCUUCCAGUAGUUGCUCAUCCUCUGACUUGAACCUACAAAUGCAACGUCGUAUCAGAUUCGCACCUUUACCCAAUGAACAGAUCACAACAACUCCUCCAGCAGCAGUCGAUUCAAAACCAAAACCAAAACCAAAAUCUUCCUUCUUCCGUAGCAUUUUCAAACGUUCCCCUCCACCAGAAGACGUAACAAUCCUUCGUCGCUCCCGCUCUCCACAACCCCAUGACUUCGGUUCUCCUCUCACCCGUGCCAAUUCAACUCCAAUUCGUCAACCAAAACGUUCAUCAUCAUCAUCAUCAGAUUCAAAACCACGCUCUUCAGCAAACUCACUCGGUUCAGGCGGCGGCCGUCAUGCAAUGCCAAUGCCUUCAACUCGUUUCACUACCCCAUCUCUACCCACAAAAUCUGCCAGGCGUAUGCUUAAUGGUCGCGUCUACGGAUCAAAACGUCAGCCUCCAGCGAACCCUUUUGCAAAUGUACGUGACGAGCCAGAAUUCGUAGAAUGGGGUUAUGGCGGCAUGGGAAGCGUGACCGGCAGUAGCGACUCAAAAUAUUCCGUUCUCGCAAAAGGCGCGCCAGCUCUACUUUCCCAUACUCAAGCACGAGUUACCAAAACACCGGUGGAAAGGAACGAUGGCGUGGGUGUACCAGCUCCAGAUGAUGAGGAUGAUGGGAGUGGCAUGGGUUGGGUAAAGAAAAGGAAACUCGAAAGAGAACGUCUUGCCAGGGAGAAACAGGCGGCGGAGCUCAUUUCUGCCCUCGAUACAGAUUCAAGGCGAACAAGCACAGAUAGAUCUUCCACCAUGGACAGCACAAGUACUCGUCUCUCCACUCUCGCUGCUUCUUCAGCUCCUACAACUCCUCUUAGCACCACCGAUACUCUCCCACCCCAAGAUUAUAUCUUGCAGGCUGUGAGAUUGAGUCCUCACCUCAAACACACCUCCCCCGUGGUCAACACAUCACUCUCCUUCACACACCCUCCCAUGAAUCGCCCAAGCACAGCCAGCGAGAGUACCAAAUAUCAUCGCCAGGCUCUAAGAGAGGACGACUCGGACGAGAGCGAGGUCGACCGCGCAGAGGUACGUCUCCUACCUUUCCCUUGUUCUACCCAUCUCACCUUCUAAUAGGAUCGUCGAAAGACGUCUCUG